CUUGUAAGCAGAAAACCCCAACAGAAUAUAAUCCAUGUAAAUGUUAUGUAUGUAAAUGUAAAUAUUAUGUAUCUUGUGUGUCUAUACCCCAAUUUUAUAUUAUUUUUCCAGUUACUCCUAAUGCAUUGACUAAAUUUGAUUUGAUUAAAUGAGAUUUGAUUGAAGAGAUAUCAAUGCUAAUGGCCCGCACAAAACUGGCAGGCAUUUUUUCACCUUUAACUCUCAAUUUUUAAUAUGCACCCACUCCACUAUCAUGUCUGGAAAGUGAGGAUUAGGUACAGAAAACCUGAUAAGAAACCACUUCGCACCUGCAGUAGUAACAGCAUGAAGGCACAGAGCUAUGCUUCAAGUCACAGUGAGGAAACAGAAAACUGACUGAGACCUUAGGAGGUGUAAGGUAACAAACUGCAUAAUGCACUUUCUAUGUCCAAAUUUUUCAGUUCUUGAAUUAGCUGUGUUACUAAGUUUUAACAGUUUUUACACCUUUUACAUCAUUUCAUUUAUAAACACAGGUCACACAUUGCACAGUGAUGUAGUAUUUAUCUAACACUGAAGUGAAAAUUCAUAGCACAUUGAACUCCUUUAUAGAAUGACAUGGGAGGAAAAAUCACAGGACAAAGCAAGACCACCCAAUGAUGAACUCUGCAGAGAUGAGGAAGAUCAUCUGGAGAAGAUCAUGAUAGCAUCUGAGAAUGCAGGUGCCACAGGCAUUUCAAUUCUCUGCUCAGCAUGUCAACAAGCAAUAUAUCCACACCGUUUUUUUCAUCACAAAAAAACCCACAAAGCUCUAACUUUGUUGGGCUGUGACAGCUCACAAACAAGGGUGGAUGCUAAAACACUUUUAGCUCAGCGACAGAAGCUAAUUUCAAAAGUGACCGAGCUUCCUAAGAAUUCUGAAAGACAUCGGCAGGAGAUCAAUACUUCAUUUGAAUUUCUUAUGGAUGGUCACGCUCCUAUAUUGUGUUGUGAUCAUGACAAUACAAACAGUGUUAACACUCUCAAGGAAGUAAAGAAUUCAUCAAUAAAAGCAUUAUCAAUUAGUGAAGAUAAAAAUUCCAUAUGGCAGAGAGACAUGGAAGACAGAUUUUUUGUAGUGGACAACUAUGGAAGUAGGUCAGAUACGUGUUUUCUGGGACUAAUUGAUGGGCACCAUGGCAUGACAGCUGCAGAAACAGUUGCAGCAGAGCUUCCACUUUUAUUUCUUGACCAGCUUGCUCAAACAGAUCCCUCCUACAAAAUGACCAAGGAGGAAAGGCAAAUUCUAGACUCUCUUGCCACUGUAAUCACGGAAGACUACAGGGAAAAAGAGAGGAUUUUCUCUGACAGACAGGAGAACAAGACCCAUAAGACAAAUACUUACGAAUGGAUUCACAGAGCAUACACCAAGGCCUUCUGGAGAAUGGACAGACUUUUACAGCUAGGAAGGAAUGAGGUUUCCAGAGUUCGAUGGAGUGGCUGUUCAGCUGUAACCUGUUUGAUGGAAAGACUCCCCAGUGAAAAUACGGAUGACACUGAACAUUUUGAAAACAGUUUGCAAAGUUCAUUAACUAGGACAACUGAGGAUGUUGCUGGGCUCCUGCACAUUGCUAACAUAGGUAAUGUACACGCUGUUUUGUGUAAAAACGGCAAGAGUUAUCGCCUCUCAGAAGAGCACAGCACUUCUAAUGUAAGGGAGAAAAAACGCAUACUUCAGAAUGGUGGAAACAUCAGCCCUAAUGAACCAGAUGGAUUAGUAGAGGGUCACCUUAGAACUACAAGAGGUCUUGGAUAUCACGGAGAUCCCGCACUUAAAGGAUCUGUGAUUCCUGUACCUCAUAGCAUCUCUGUCCCAAUUGACGAUUCCUGUCAAUUUCUUAUUUUAGCUUCUAACGGGCUUUGGGAGGUUCUGGAUUACAAGGAAGUGUGUGCGCUAACACUAACAACAUUCACUCAUUAUCUGAGAAUGUAUGAACGCAUUCAACAAAACGGGGCUUCUCUGUAUAACUGCCUGUAUUUGUUACCCCGCUCUGAAGAAGAGUUAACCGACUCAAAGGCUACAAAUUAUCAGCAAGUUGGAACAGAGAUGCAGGACUCCAGUAUGGAGAUUUUUCUCCCUGACUCAAAAAGCAGCACUACACACGGAAAGCCAAGAUGUUCUAGGAUGAGCUAUUUGCAAAGUGAAAAUGGAGAUGUUCCUAAGGAAACUGAUGACCACAAAAAUCAAGCUGAUCCAGAACUGACACUUUUUAGUAAUGAUGAGAUAGGUCCAGAGAAAAGAGGGAUAAAACAGUCUGAUUCUAGCACACAAGUCAGCUCUGAAGAAAUGAAGCAGUCAGAGGACAGAAAAGUUUAUCUACGUAACAGUUCUCAGUCACAUUCACAAACCACAGCACCAGAAGAAACAGACAUUAUCCAUGCAACUAGUCCAAGUUACAUCCACAAACAGCUGCCAAAUAAACUGACAGUAAGGUCUGAAGACAUGAAACAGACUCAAAAUUGUACAAAAGCAUCUCUCUCUAUUUAUGACUCAGAUCUACAACUGGCUGAAAAAACAAAUUCUAAGAUAUCACAUGCCAAGCCUGUAGGUUAUACUGGCCACCAACUGCUGAAGGCUCCAUUGCCAGUGGAUUGUAAGACACCUACACAUUUUGAAGAAGACAUAAAAACAUACCUGGCCAGUUGUGAAUCACAAAUUGCAGGAAAAGGUGGGGUCACUUCCAAGGCACUCUAUGACAACGCAGCAAGCUACAUCAGUGAACAAUUGGUAAAGGCUGCAUUACAUGCAGGUUCAAGAGAUAAUAUUACUAUUUUGAUUGUACUUCUAAACGGAUGUGAUAAGUUACCCAACUAACUAAACAUUUAAGAGGUAUCAUAUGACAAAUGGAGUUCCACACAGCACAAGCUUAUAUUUAGCUGUGUCAUGAAGUUACUUGCAAUCACCUUAAAUGCUGACCCAUAUAGCAAAUCAGACGUGCUCUCAAACUGUUCAAAUGAAAUAAAUACCUCUGAAACUCGCAGUAAGAAACAGUAAGCACAGAUUUUUUUUUUAACCACUUUAUUCAAACCUGAGCACCUCAAUAUAAAACUAAACACUGGUGAACUGUCAUUUGCCUUGCUAAACCCAGAUUACUGCAAAUUAAAAAUCUGCACAAGUUUCUGCUAUCAGUUCAACAUUUAAAUAGACUAAUUCAUCUCUUCUGACACACUUGGUAGAUUUCAUAUAAUGAAAAUAACUAAGAAUUAGUGCAAUAUACUGGACAGGUCAAAAUAAAAUGUACUUUGGAAAACAAAGUUGCAAAGUUCAUUAUUGACAGACAGCAGUACUUAUGUUACAGAUACAGGAGCGUUAUUUAUUACUGUCCUAGCCAUAAAGGAAGAACUUAGAACCCCCUUUGAUUAGAGAGGAAAAAAGUUAGCUUUAAGUAACUGUACAUUCUGUAUACCUUCAAGCAACUCUUAAAUAUUACAGAAAGUAUCAAACAAAUGUAGACUACAAUGCAGAGUACCUAUUUACAGUACAUUAAUAUCCAAAUUUAAAAUCAAGUUGAAUGUCCAUAAUAGUUAGUGCGCUAUUUUUUUUUUUUUC